CAUCGAUUGUGGGUAUUACAGUCAGUCAGGCAGAAACAGCAGCGCACUUAGCGAGACAACUUUGUUGCACAUUUUAUGAUUCGGAGUGUACAUCAGUUGUACCGUUAGUUGGCAAUGGCAGAAGACGAAGACAUCUUCCUAAGAGCACAACAACGGAGUUACAAGGGUUUAACGGAAGAUAAAGAGAAAGAAUGGAAGGGGCCAUUCUACUUCAUCCAGGCAGCGGACCCUCAGCUGGGCCUGAUGAAAGCCUGGAGUGUGGGGGACUGUGAUGGAGGAGGAGAUGAAUGGUCUGAGGAGGUCUGGCUCACCAAGCAGGCUGUGCAGGCCAUCAAUAAACUGCAGCCACAGCCCCGCUUCAUGGCUUUGUGUGGAGAUUUGGUACAUGCAAUGCCAGGUUCCCCUUUCAGAGAAGAGCAGGAGAGGGACCUGAAGGAGGUUCUUCGAGAAACUGAUCCCAACAUACCUCUCAUUUUUGUCAGUGGCAACCACGACCUGAGUAACACACCUACGCCAGAGACAGUGGAGCAGUACUGCCAUUGCUGGGGUGAUGAUUACUUCAGUUACUGGGUAGGUGGGGUGCUAUUCCUAGUGCUGAAUUCUCAGUUUUUCUUCGAUGCAUCCCGCUGCCCUCAGCUGAAACAGGCUCAUGAAUCUUGGCUGGAGCAGCAGUUACAGAGUGCAGCUCAGAGUUCAGCACGCCACGUCCUUAUCCUCCAGCACAUCCCCCUAUAUCUGCGUACGCCCGAUGAGGAGGAUGACUACUUCAACCUGCAAAGAGACAAGAGAGAGAGUCUGAUCCACAGGUUCCGUCAAGCAGGUAAAGAUCUGAGGAAGACAACAGAAGUAUUAGAGUUCGAGGACUUCCGGUUGGACAUGGAGCGCACUGGCUGCGUUUAAACUGGCAUGCCUCUAUAUUUUUUUUACGGACGCAUUUACGGACGCCAUUUCCACCUUCGAGGACAUUUGUACAAAAAUCGACGCAGUGGCGACAAAUCUCUGAAAUCUCUGAAAAAGGCUGAAAUCUCUGCUGUUCGUGAAGAAAUGAGGACCAGCGUCGCUUCGUCUCAGACUCAGUCUCGGACAGGCAUGGCGUCCAGCUGGCGGAGCUGGAGAAAUCCGCCGGUUUUUGCGGUGAUACCGUAUCAGAGCUGCAAGUCAGAGUCAAGAAACUGACAGACUUAGUUACGAGCCUUCAAGAUAAAUGUGAGGACCUAGAAUCCGGGUCGCGGAGGAACAACAUAUGCCCGGUCAAUAUACCAGAGGGCCUGGAAGGGCGGGCGGCUGAGUUCGUCUCCGAACUGCUCAGAGAGUUGCUUCAGCUUGACGAACCGCCCCUGAUUGACCGAGCACACCACACGAGCUAAACCCAAGGAUGAGGAGCCCCCUCGUCCCUUCGUGGUUAGACUUCACUACUUCCAGACGAGAGAACGAAUUUUGCAGCAAGCUGCUCGCCUUGGGCCACUAUGUUACCGAAAAAAGAGGGUUUCCAUAUUACUUCUCCAAGAAGCGCGCUGCGUUUGCGGGAGUAAAGCGACUGCUUCGAAACAUCCCCGGAGUAAAGAAUGGCUUGUUUUACCCAGCACAGUUGUGAGUAACGCUCUCCGAUGGAAAAAGGCACUCGUUUGAUAACCCAGAUGAUGCUACAACAUUUAUCAAGCGCUAUCUUUCUCCUUCAAAGUAACGACUGAACCUGGGUUAGGUUCCGUGUCUAAGUGGAUCUACCAUGUUAUGUCGAAAUGGAUAAACUGUAAGACUGUUUUCUUGAGCCUCCUUUACAGCAGCUGGUAGGCUAUACCUAACAUUCUCUAGUAGUCUUUAGCAACACACUGAGUUGCUGCUUAUCUUUAAUUCUAGUUUAAGUAAGCACAAUAAUAUUUGGUUUUCUGCAUCUUUUAGUGUCUGUUUAUAACUGUUUUAAUGCUCUGUUCUUAUGGAAAAUGCCCACUACUGCGUUGGAGUUUAUUUGCAGUGAAUCCCGUAUUUGGUAUGCUCUCUCCCACUAUUUGCCAGUGUCACUUGACCCCGAGUGAUAGGUUGUAAGUGUUCGUUAGAAGUUUAGUGUAACAAAGGGUGUUAUGCACUUAUUUUGGGGAAGUGUUUGUUGUUCUUUUUCUUUUUACUGUGUACUAUAUUUGGUGGUUUAUCAUGUUUGUGUUGGAUGUGGGAGGCAGAAAAGGUCUUAUUAUUCUAAUGCCGUCGCUGGAAAGUGAUUAUGGCUAGCCAUAGUAGGCCCCAUGAUUCUGGAGGUUCGCUAACAUUUACAAGUUGGAAUGUAAAAGGUUUGAAUGCAUCAGUAAAAUUAUACAAAGUUCUCAGUCAUUUAAAGCAGUUGGAUAGCAAAAUAGCUUUUCUCUAAGAAACACAUCUUACCGCUACUGAUCAUCGUAAACUUUGUACAGGAUGGGUAGGACAAAUGUAUCACUCAAGCUUUGGUGGGAGAUCCAGGGGGGCAACUAUUCUGAUUCACAAAUCAGUGCCAUUUACAGCCACUAAAACAAUUUCUGAUCCUUAUGGACGUUAUAUCAUUGUUUUGGGGCAAAUUCAUAAUACCUCACUAAUUCUGCCUAAUGUGUAUGGUCCUAAUUGGGACAGCGACGCUUGUUUCCACAAGUUUCUGUUCUCACUGCCAGAUUUGGAUUCGCAUUGUCUCAUCUUAGGUGGUGAGUUUAACUGUUGUUUGGAUCCAGUACUUGAUCGCUCCUCCUUAACUGCAGUCCCUUUAUCCAAAUCUGGCAAGAUUAUUAAAGUAUUUCUUGAACAGUAUGCACUGUUAGAUCCAUGGCGCCUUUUAAACCCCAAUGAAAGAGAAUACUCCUUUUUCUCACCCGUCCAUCAGACAUAUUCACGUAUUGAUUAUUUUAUCAUAGAUAAGAGGCUUGUGCCCUCUUCGUUCGUUCCUGCUUAUAUGCCAGCAUCACAAUCUCAGAUCAUGCUCCAGUCAAUUUAAGCAUCUAUUUGCUAGAUACACCUGUGUCUCAAGCUCCCUGGCGUUUCAACUCUCUCCUCUUGUCGGAUGAGGAGUUUGUGCAAUACCUGUCAUCUCAGAUAGAUUUUUUUGCUGACACUAACAUUCCACCUGAGGCCUCUCCCUUACUCAUCUGGGAAACCAUGAAAGCAUAUUUAAGGGGGCAAAUAAUCUCAUACAGUGCAUAUAAAAGAAAGCAGCGUUUAUUGCGACUCUCUGAGCUAUCAGCUCUUAUUAAGGAUCUAGAUAACAAACACUCAUCUUCCCCAACACCAGACUCUUAUAAACAACUACUUGUUCUGAGAUCUGAGUUUAAUACUCUGUCUACAUUCCAGGCUGAGGAAACGUUAUUAAAAUCUAGAUGCCGUUAUUACGAUAUUGGGGACAAGGCAAAUAAAAUACUGGCAUAUCAACUCUGUCAAUCAGCAACAACUCAUUUUAUUCCACAGAUUAUUACAGUACAUGGUGUGACAUCUGACCCUUCUAAGAUUAAUACAGAAUUUAAAAAAUUUUACUCAACAUUAUAUGAAUCUGAUACAGUCACUGACUCUGCUCAGUUAAACUCAUUUUGAUUGAUACAUUACAUUUACCCACUCUUGAUUCAGAUCAGCAAGAUCUACUGGAAAGCCCAUUAACAGCUGAAGAACUUACUACAGCUAUAACGGCCAUGCAGAGUAGGAAAUGCCCUGGGCUAGACGUUUGCCCAAUAGAGUUUUAUAGAAAAUUUUCUUGUAAGAUUGUACCUCUUCUUCUUAAAAUGCUUAAUGCAGCCCUGGCCUCAGAUCAGUUACCAUACACGUUAUGUCAGGCCACCAUAACGCUUAUCCUUAAAAAAAAAUGUCCUAGAGCUAGAGCUGGGCGAUAUGGCCUAAAAAAAAUUUUAGAUUUUUUCACAAAAAAUCUGAUUUUCGAUUUUAAUAGAUUUUUUUUUUCUCUUGCUAAAAUCAAAGUACAGAUGACAAAGAAGUGGGUCAAAACCAGUUUUAUCUUUAUUGUGUUUUGACUAAAAUUUCCCCUUUGAGGAUAAAGUGCAAACAGAAACAAGCCAAAAAACAAGCUUGUAGAUGAGAUGGCAGACCAUCCCAUUGUAAACAGUGAUGGAAAUUAGUCAACACUGUAAAUGAACAUACAGUAACUUUCUCAACAUAGCUUAGAUUCAAACUUGCACUGAGACAAUGCACCUUCAAAUGUAUGGUGUGUAUAAGCUACUGGACACCUUAAUUUAUUUCUCGAUAAAUAAAGUAUCUAUAUACAUAUAUUAUAAUCAUGCAUGUAGUCUACAUUUUGUGUAUAUUCUACACGAUGAUAAAAUGAAUCAAUUAUAAUAUGCAUUAAUUGAGCUGUUCAAUUCAUUUAAUCACAAUUCAUUUAAUCACUUAUUUUUUUAAUUAUUUGAAUGCUAGACCCUUACCUAUAGCAUUGUGCAGUCUGUGUCCAAAACACUGGAGACUUGGCCACUCGUUGUCUUUCAGAGCUUUGAUCAUAUUGGGCUGUCUGUAGUCAUACAGCUGAGUCAGUCUUCAGCUAGGUUCCAAUAGCUUAGAGUAUCUUUUAUUCCUUGGGCAAUUACUUCGCCUUUGUGAUCCUCGGGAAAGUAUGCCGUUUGAAGGCAGACACUUCGCAGAGCCCAGGUGUGGUUAUUAAAAUGCACAGUUAAACUAAUGUAGGGCUGCAUCGUUCGGCUGGACCACAGGUCAGUAGUGGCGGCGUAAUAUGAAACAUCCUCCUCCAGCUCUCUAAUGAUUCUUUGGCAUGUGCUGUUAUACAGGUGUGGCAAGGCAACUUCAGAAAAAUAUUUACGGCUUGGUAGCGCAUACUUCUGGUCUAAAACUUUCAACAUGUUAAUGAAUCCUGACUUUUCCACAGUAUAUAUGGGCACCAUGUCUUUUGCAAUAAACAGCGCUACAGCAUCUGUGAUUGCCUUCCACCGUGCUCCAUUCUUAUCAUAUGGCACACAUUUCAAAAACGUGUCAGGGACCGUUGCUUGCUUUACUUUGGAUGGCGUGCUAGUGCUGCUAGUGUUGCGGCUGUUUUCACUCUGCUGGGAGCAGCUCUUCUCCCACUCAGCUGCAUGCCUCUGCUUAAGGUGUUGGAAUAAAUUUGUAGUGCUGCUUCCUUUGAAAGCGACCGUUUUUAAAACACACCUUACAGCGAGGACUUGUUUGGUCUGCGUCCGUCACCGCAAAACCAAACCAAUUCCAGACCACGGAGCUGGUUACUCCUUUCUUGGGUACAAGCUAUGUCUUUCCCCCAACCGCCAUCAUGUUGUUUGUACAAGCGCGCGGGAGGAGGGGCUAAGGUGAUUCUGAACUACGGGAGCCCAAAGGGUCAGUGGCGGAAGUUAAAUCUGAGAAAAAUCGAUUUUCAUAAGAACACAUCGUCCUUAACUGUAAAUUCCAAUUAAUCGAUAAAAACGAUUUAUCGCCCAGCUCUACCUGUGGCUCUUAUCGCCCCUUAUCUUUGCUCAAUACUGAUGUCAAAUUGUUAGCCAAAAUAUUUGCAUUGAGGUUAGACUAUGUUCUCCCUUCUAUUAUUUGCCCUGACCAGACAGGCUUUGUUAAAAAGACAGGCCUUCUCUAAUAUACGGAGGCUUCUCAAUAUCAUAUAUAACCCCCCAUCCUCAACCCUUUCAGAAAUUGUGAUUUCAUUAGACGCAGAGAAGGCUUUUGACAGGAUCGAGUGGAGCUACCUUUUUGAAGCUCUACGCAGAUUUGGUUUUGGCAAGAACUUUCUAUCUUGGAUUAAAUUGUUGUACUCAUCACCAUUGGCAUCUGUUCGAACAAAUAAUAAUUAUUCAGACCACUUCCCUCUCUAUAGAGGUACCAGACCAGGGUGCCCUCUUUCCCCACAAUUUUUUUUAAUUGCAAUUGAACCACUCGCUGUAGCACUACGGAUGGACCAACAGUUUAUGGGCAUCUUUAGGAGUGGCACAGGUUGCGCUCUUCGCAGAUGACCUGUUAUUAUAUAUGUCUAAUCCUAUUCAGUCUCUGCCUUCUGUCCUGGCAAUCCUGGAUGACUUCAGGAACAUAUCAGGUUAUAAAUUGAACUUGGGGAAAAAAGUGAACUUUUUCCUAUAACUCCUACAGCUUGUCAUUCCACCAUGUCUGGGCUGCCCUUCAGGAUCUCUUACCGUGGCUUUACCUAUCUAGGGGUAUUUAUCACAAAUAAGUUUGAAAAACUGUUCAGAUAUAAUUUCCUCCCUCUUUUUUCAUGUACAAAACAAGACCUCCAACGUUGGACAUUGCUACCCUUAUCAUUAGCAGGGCACAUUAAUGUUAUCAAAAUGAAUAUACUCCCUAGAUUUUUGUACCUUUUCCAAUGCAUUCCAAUUUCCAUCACCAGAUCUUUUUUUAAUAACCUUGACAAUAUAGUUGCAGAAUUUAUCUGGAAUAGGAAGGUCCCCAGGCUUCGUAAAUCGGCUUUGCAAAAACCUAAACCCUUAGGGGGUAUGGCGCUACCUAACUUCCUUUCCUAUUACUGGGCUGCUAACUUCCAACCUAUUGCUUACUGGUUGCAUUUAGAUGACUGGUUGUCUCUUGAAUCUGCCUCCUUAGCUCCCACCUCUUUAGCUUCUCUUUUAAUCUCCAUGAUACAGCCAUCUAAAUCAAAUUGUAACAAUAUUAUUGUCAGGUCUACAAUUAAGAUUUGGACACAGUUCAGGCGUCAUUUUGGCAUACAGUCACUCCCACUUUUUACACCACUCUGUGCAAACCCACUAUUCCCCCCCUCUUUACAAGACCGAGCCUGGCACAUGAGAUCUGGCAUGACCAUGGUCUUAAAUCUGUCACCGACUUGUAUAUUGAAGGUGUUUUUGGUUCCUUCCAGCAACUCUCUGAUGCAUAUAAACUACCUCGUUCUCAUCUCUUUCGCUACUCGCAGAUCCAUGACUUUAAGAAAAAAUUCCCUAACUUUCCAGAUCCACCACCUCAGUCACCUCUAGAUACACUUUUCUCAUCUCUCCCUACUACUCUCAAGGGGGCUGUAUCUAUAUUUUAUACCUGGUUUUUUGCUCUCCACCCCUCUGACCAUACAAUCAAAACCCUAUGGGCUCAAGAUCUUGGGGAAGAUAUUUCAGGGGAGACCUGGCGUGCAAUAUUGUCACGUGUUCAUACUUCCUCUGUGAGUGCUAAACACAGGGUAAUACAAUGUAAACUAUUGCAUUGGGUAUAUUGAACCAAAACCAGACUGUCUAGAAUUUACAGCAAUAUUGACCCCAACUGUGACAGAUGCCAUCAAGGCCCGGCUAAUCUAUAUCACAUGUUCUGGACUUGUCCUUUAUUACAGACAUACUGGAACUCGAUAUUCAGUUCACUCUCAGGCAUUUUGCAAGUGCCUGUUGCUCCCUCUCCAGUUAUAGCAGUGUUUGGUGUUCUUCCAGCUACUCUCACAUUAUCUAAACGCAAAUCCAAUUUGGUAGCAUUUCUGACUCUUUUAGCAAGGCGGCUCAUUCUGACCCAUUGGAAAAAAAGCAUAUCCUCCCUCUCACACACACUGGAUAAAAGACGAGCUGUAUUUCAUGAAACUAGAAAAAAUGAACUACACCCUUAAAGGGUCUAUAGGUAAUUACUACAAAGCAUGGGGACCCUUCUAGAUCUAGAUGAUGUGGAGCUCUGGGAUCAUCAAGAUUUAGAAUUAGUUAGAUUCAAAAAGUGACUGCCUCCAAUUUUGUCUUGGGCCGUUGCCUCCUGCCUCCUUUUGUGUCCUUUUGUGUUUGUAUGAUUAAGAUGCUAUCAACCGCUGAUUUGUGGUGUUCAAAUAUUUCACUUUUAAUGUAACUGUUUUUUGCCUAUUU